GUCUGCAUUUUUGGGUCCUUUUUCUGUUGCUCAGCCCUGCACUAUGACAUGUCUCUGUACGUUUGUCUGAAUUCUGUAUCUACAUCUAUUAGUAUCGGAAUUAAUCUCUUUCUGACCUUGCUUGCCAGGAAAAAGCAGAGCAGCUCAUAGAUGGACUUCUAUUGGGUAAUAAAUUUAGUUAUAAAACCACUCCAUUAAUAUUGGUCAAGAUAAAUAAAAUACAUAUACAGGAUUUCUUAAAGAUCAUGUUUGAUAUCAAAUGUGUGUGUGCGUGUGUGUGUGUGUCUUGUGACAACACAUGAGAAGUAUAAAAGAGAAGUGUAGAAAUACAGCUGAGGUUUGUUACUGUAGCGUGGGCUUGGUGUGGGCGUGAUGAGUUAUCUCUCUCCAGUAACAUUUUCAGUAAUGUGAUAAAGUCAGUGACCAUACCUGCUUUGAUUGGUCCUAUAAAAAAGAUUAACAUUGCCGCUGCAGCCCUCAGUCUGUCCAUAGAAUUCUUUCAGCAUCAAGUUCAACUCAGGUAAGAUUUUUCUCCUUCAACCAAUUUUUACUUCAUGUUGUUUGAUGCAUAGAGCAGAUGUAAAUGACAUCUAUAUCUGUUUGGAAACACAAAAGUAAAGAGCAGAAAAUACUAAAUAAGCUUGAGAGAGACAAGUGUUAAGACUGAGAAGAGAUAAGUACAAAGAAAAAUCUCAUCCCGCAGAUCUACUGUGAUCAUGGCAGUGAGAAACCAACCAGGACGAUUUGAGCCGUCUGAAUUUCAGACCGGUCUGUGCGAUUGCUGCAGCGACUGUGGAACUUGUGAGCUCUCCCUUUUACUGGAAAAAUCUGAUAAUACAAAGUCAUUUGCACAAAAAAUAUAGUAUAUUGUAUUGUUUGUUCCAACUUCCCCUUUUUAUCCAACAGUAUUCUACGGUUGGUGCUGCUACUGCUGCCUCGGCUGCUCCAUCGCCAGUGCCAUGGACGAGUGCUGCCUGUGUGGUCUGGGCAUGCCCAUCCGCAGUGUUUACAGGACCAAAUACAACAUCAAUGUAAGUCUAUAAAAAGACAUAAUAAAGUGGAUGACUGUGGGUCAAAAGAGGCAACCUGCAACUCUACAGGUGGUGAUUUAUAGGCCUAUGGAAGAGCAGCAGGCUAAGAAAAGUAGAUCUAAAACUCAAAGUUAGAGUUUAAGUGUUAUAAACUCUCAGCCAAAGUUCAAGAAUUAGAAAAAUUAAAUGACACAGAGAAGUUCUCUUGCUCUCUUGGCAUUUACAGAGUGAAUUUGUAAUGUUGAAAACAAAGUCUGAACAACACGAAAACAGGGAAAUAAUUAUAUCAUAGCAUGCCCGUACUGGAAGCUUUCAAUUGUUAUGUUAUUACAGUGCAGGAUGAGAUAACUUGAAGGAUGAGGAAAGCAGGAGAUUUUAUCAGCUGUUUUGGGUUUGUAACAUUAACACCACAAUAGUUUAGUUCAAUCAAAGGUGUCUGAUGGAUUUGAUCUCAAUGAGUGGGGGUAGUUUCUAAGAGAGCUGCUAAGUUAACAUAGCUUUUUAAAUGGACAAUUUAAAUAAUAACACAAGUAGAAAAAAAAUAACAAAGCAGAAUUUUUAAGCAAAAUUAGAGAGCAAAAAACGAUGUUAAAAUCUUGAGAGACAGUUGAGAACCUAGAAAUGUUGUGACAAAAAAAAUCAAUCUGAGCAAGGUAGAGUAUGAUUUAAAAUGUCAAAAUUAAGUCAAAAUGGGGGAAAAAAGUGGCUGCAAGGUGCAAAAGAGGAAUUUUUACUUUGUGAUUCUGAGAUUGAAUAUAAAAUGAGAAAAUCCGGAACGGUCCUGAAUACAGUCACAUAUAAAAUGUUGAGUAAAACUCAACUUUCAUUGUUGGUGAAACCAGGGGGAGGAAGUCAGCUGAACCAAAGAGGGUUUGGCGGCCGCAGGUUGUAAAACCAAUGUGACUUUAUGAUUUUAGGGCUCCAUGUGUCAAGACUUCCUGGCGACGGCCUUCUGUCCGCUCUGCGCCACCUGCCAGCUGAAGAGAGAUAUCGACCGCAGGAAGGAGCAAGGCAUUUUCUGAACAGGUAGAAACUUUCAAAACACACUUCGUCUUGGAGUGUUGUGUAAUUUUUUUAGCUGUUGAAUUUUUGAAAAGUCAUAUUUAAGCCUUCUUGUCCCUCUAGGUGCUGCUACAUCACCUGAUGAGUCCACCUGGCGCUGAUUAUCUCUUCAAUAAUGUGUAAAUCAUGUUUUUUAUAAAAUGGCUUACGGCUGUACAGCCUUGUUUUUUCACCUGUCACCUGAGGACAAGGAGACCUAUUUUGUUUGAUGAGACAUUAGUUUGAUAAGACUCACCCUGAUGGUCAAAGAGAGAGUGAGAUUAACAGUAACUGUAAUAAAUCAUGUUUUAUGAGCUGAUGGGAUGUGGACAAAGUGCUGUUGGCUUUCAUUGCGUAACAUCAUCCAGUUCUCGUUUCCAUGAAUAAAAACGUGUCAUAGAGCAUGGACACAGCAUUUCCCAGUUCCUCAAGGGGUUUCUAACAGUUACUGUUUCCUUUGGUAACAUCAGAAAGUUGAACUAUUGAACUUUAUCACAAGGAACCUGAUGAACUCCUUAGAGUUAGAAUGGUUUGAAGAAAUUAAAAUAUUUAAAUCAGAAA